ACAUUUAGUCCUACAGAGGGCGCUAAAGUGCAAUGAUUCAUUGUUACUGCCAUAAAAAUAUCAAGCAACGAAGAAUAAGGUCCGCGGUAGCUAUAUAGCAGUUACUAUGUUCGUUAAUGUUUCAUAACAACGGUUAUUUUAUUCAUUGACAUUUAAAAUUACGGCCUGGUUUUGAUACCCAAAGACUCAGCUAUGCAGCUGUGGAUCUUAGUCUGAGGUGACAACAUGCUUGUGGACCAUAAAGCAGCUGAAGAUCACAGUGUUUGACCUGAAAGCCACUGUAUUUUCUGCUGCCAUGGGCACGACAAUGAGUGAGCCGUGUAUCUACGACAAGUUGUCAGAGAGCAUCGACAUCCUCCGAAAGUCAGGCUAUCGCUAUGGAAUGUCGGAGAGGGAGAUCGAGAGGUUCAUCAAGCAGGUCUUGGAAACCAAUGAGCCCAGAAGAGAGCCUCCGCAGUUCCCCAUUCUGAGAGCCACAAUCAAGUUUGUAGUGGCCGUGGGCUUCCUGCUGGUGGUGGUCCUGGCCUUUACUUACCCUCAGAAUGCCCCCCAGAUUGGUCUGGUCAACCUUGGCUGUUGCAACUGGUCGUCCCCCCUCAGCCAUGUCCGCCUUCUGUCCCUGCCCAUUGCCAAGAAGUACAACCUGCAAGGGUUCCAUGAGUGGUGGAGUGCAGGCUCUUUACGGCAAAAUUUGGUCAACUGUUCUGGCUGUGCGGAGAUUUCCUCUGUGCUGGAGGUCCCAGAGAGCCUGAGAGGGACAGUGACUCUGCGCCGGGGGCCACAGCUUGUCCUCCUGAAGGGUGGAGAGUCUCUCAGUGUCCAGCGGCAGCAACUUGAGGAGCUCUAUUUGGCCCACCCAGGGUCUAUGUCCAUUCUUUUGGAGGAGGAUGAUGGCAGUGUGCAGACCCACAAUUUUGCUCUUCCUCAAGGACCUGCCAACUUCACCCUGCUCUGGAGGUUCAGCUCUGGAACCAGGGAGAAAGUGUUGAGGUGGCUCUUUCCAAAAGCAGAGCUCUGCCCUCUACUGGACAGUGCAGGUACCAUCCUGCAGCGCUGCCUUGUCACCCACAGCACAAACUCCCAGAGCAAGGUGUCACAGGGGGUCAGGGUGUUGGGGUGGCUGGUGGUGGGUGAAGGCCUGCCAACAGUUCGAGUUCUGCCCGUUCAGCGCUGUCAGAAACACUGCAGCUCCUUCAACCUGUGGCUGACACAUGGAGACAUGGUGUACGCUGACCCUCGUUACUGGCAGAUGGAGCUGUUUCCCGGCCGAGGCCAGAACAUCAUCUGUGACGGAUCGGCUUUUUAAAUGUAGACGUGAAUACGAAUGGAGUUUGAG